AUGCCUAAAGCAGGGCUGAAGGAAAAGACCAAGCGGUCGACCAAGCCGUCCGCGCUCGAGACCACAGCCAAGUUCCGCCCGGAAGAUUCAGAUGUCGACAUGAACGACGAAACGAGCUCGGAUGAGGAGAGUGAGCCUGAGAAGGAUGAGGCCGAGAAGAAGCUUGAGCGCAUGCUCUUCGGUGACGAUGAGGGGUUCAUGGGCGCAUUGAAAAACCAACAAGCCCGUGAGGCCGGCAUGGCUCUCACUCUGCAAAGCGACAAUGAGAGCGGAGUAGACGAAGAUGCCGAGGACGACCAAGAAGCCAUUGAUGGAAUGGCUGAUUCAGACCUUUUCUUCCUCGACUCCGGUGCACCCGCCACUACAGAUAUCAUUCCCUCAGAGACCUCGGAUGCUGAAGAAGAGGAGGAAGAGGCCGAGUCUGCCGUGUGGUACGACAGUGACGACGACCGCCUCGCCGUGUCGCUAGCAAGCCAGGCCAGGCUACGCAAACUGCGCACCACCGAGUCGGAAGAUGUGGUCAGUGGCAAGGAAUAUAUUCGACGCCUGCGCAGGCAGUUCCAGCAACUGCACCCCACGCCCGAAUGGGCUACCCCCGAGCUCGCAGCCAAGCGCCGCAAGACCGACUCAGACUCGGACAGCGAAGAUAUCGAGUCGGACGAUGAGAACGAGCAGCUGUCUAUGCAGCCCUUGGCCAAACUCCUCCAGAACGCCUCCGACCUAACCCGCAUAGAAGACAAUGCGCGGUCAGGAGGCAAGCGCAAGUUGCGACAGGAGGUCCUGGACAUCCAGAGACUGAAGGACGUCGGCAAAUCCCAACCAUCCUCCGUCGACUCUCUGACCUUCCACCCCCACUACCCUCUCCUGCUCUCCUCUGGACCAGCCUCAACCCUCUUCCUGCAUCACAUCUCCCCCUCCGCUCCCGCACCAAACCCCCUCCUAACCUCCCUGCACAUCAAGCGCACACCAAUUCACACCUCGGCCUUCGCCCCACCAACAGGCAACAAGAUCUUCGCAUCAGGUCGCCGCCGCUACUUCCACAUCUGGGACCUAGACACCGGAAAAGUGGACAAAGUCAACGGCUCCUCGGACCGAAAACAGGAACAAAAAUCCAUGGAACGCUUCAAGCUCUCCCCCUGCGGCCGGUACAUCGGUCUAGUCGGCACAUCCCGCAAAGGCGGCGGCCUAAUCAACAUCCUAGAUGCAAACACCGCGCAAUGGACCGCCCAAGUCCGCGUCGACGGCCGCGGCGGCGUAGCCGAUUUCGCGUGGUGGUCUGACGGCGAGGGAAUGACGGUAGCCAGCAAGAACGGAGAAGUAUCGGAAUGGGACGGACGCAUCGGGCGCGUCGUCGCGCGGUGGGUUGAUGCCGGUGCCGUCGGCACAACAGUCCUCAGUCUGGGAGGCCGGUCCGGACGUGCUCAUUUCGGUGGUGAUCGCUGGAUUGCCAUUGGCUCUUCCAGUGGUAUUGUCAAUAUCUACGAUCGACGUGAAUGGGCAGCUGCAUAUUCCAAUGCUUCUGCUGCUGAACGGGAGGCUGCGACUCAGUGUGGGAUCCCGCGUAGUCCUACACCUGCACGUGUUCUAGAUCAGCUUACUACGCCGAUCAGCCAUCUUGUCUUUGCGCCUGAUGGGCAGAUGAUGGCUAUGGCUAGUCGGUGGAAGCGUGAUGCUUUGAGACUUGUUCACCUUCCUACUUGCACGGUAUACCGUAACUGGCCUACUUCUAACACACCUUUGGGUCGGAUUUCCUCGGUGGCUAUUUCGCCGAACUCGGAGCAAUUGGCUGUUGCUAAUGAGCAAGGCAAUAUCCGUAUGUGGGAGAUUCGAGGGUAG